GUCCGAGUGUGUUUUUAAUCGGUAACAUCUCCCAAAAAGUUAAGUGUCUCCUUUUAUCACCAUUAUCAUUUACCUGUGUACGAAACUAUUACCGUCGAUCGUAUGGGGUGUAUCGUUGUUAAGUGUUUUUAGUGUCGUUUAAAUGUCGCUCGAGGCCCGUUCGAGUUCGGCCCUGUUCAAAAGGGCCGAGCAGCUGAAACGAUGGGAGGAAUCCGAGACGAACAGGGAGCCCCCCGUCCCCAAACACAACUCCCGACGUAUAAAAUUCUCCUCCGGCUGCGUCUUUUUGGCAGCGUGCGCGGCCGGCGAUAAGGACGAGGUGCUCAAAAUGCUCGACCAGGGGGCCGACAUCGACACGGCCAAUGUUGACGGACUCACAGCCCUUCACCAGGCCUGCAUUGACGACAACCUGGACAUGGUUGAAUUCCUGGUGUCGCACGGCGCUGACGUCAACAGGGGCGACAACGAGGCCUGGACGCCCCUGCACGCCACUGCAUCCUGCGGGUUCGUCAGUAUAGCCCGCUACCUGCUCGAGCACGACGCCGACUCGUCUCUAGUCAACAGCGACGGCGAAUUGGCGCUCGACAUCGGCGAAUCGGACGCGAUGCGCAGCCUGCUGCGUGCCGACGCCGAACGGCGAGGAGUCGACGUGGCCGCAGCGAGGGCGCGAGAGGAAAGGGUCAUGCUCGAGGACGCCAAGCGGUGGCUCAGGACGGGCGAGUGCGGCGAUAGGCCGCACCCGAGGACGGGGGCGACAGCGUUGCACGUGGCGGCUGCCAAGGGAUACACGAAGGUUUUAGGUCUAUUACUGCCAGGAUGGCCCGAUAUAAACUGCCAAGACAAUGACGGUUGGACGCCACUACACGCGGCGGCACAUUGGUGUCAGAAACAGGCGGCCCUUUCACUAGUGGACGCCUUGGCCGACAUGGAUACAAAAAACUAUGUUGGUCAGACAUGUUUCGACGUCGCCGACAUCGACAUGAAAGACUACUUAGAGGAAUUACGCGGCAAACAGAUGCUGAAUAACCGAGACUUGCUUCUUCGCAAGAAGCAGGCGCAGGCCGCCAAGAGGAGGCCGCCUGCUGCAAACAACCAGCAGCAGAACAACGCCGCCAACGUCCAAUCUCCGACGCAGGCGGAGACGCCGAACAAAUUGAUCAAGGUCGAGAUCGAGAAUUCGGCUUCUACGACUGAUGAUAACAUGAUAGAAAUGAAAAACAAAGUGAUCACACCGCCAUCCUCGCCUAAAAUAGAACAAAAAAUUGAUGACAACUCUGUUCAAUUCAGAAGGCCCAAUACGCUACAGACAACAAAUCAAUUUGAAAAGGAAAAUACAUCUAGGACAAUUAAUGCACAGAAAGAAGAAAAUAGUACAACUACUGAAAAAGAUUCAGAUGUGGUGCUCAGGCGGACACAGAGUUUCGAAGCUGAUGACAAAUUUUACCGCCGUUACAUGGAACUUCACGCCAGGAUAAAGGCCUCCUCCUGCCCAUCAAUACCGUCACCCGUCGGAGCAGCGGUGACGCCGACGGCGACUUCGCAGAGUUGCGCGGACGUCACCGCCGCCGCAGCAGGGAAUAAUAUCAAUAUCAAUAGCAGCAGCAGGGUGACGGUCGGUGGUAAGGCGACGCAGGCGGCGGCGCAGGCCGUCGCUAAUGCGACGACGGGACCGGUUCAGAGGUCGGCUUCGCUAAGGGAUCACAGGGUACUGAGGCGAGCUGCAAUCGAGGCCGCAAUUGCUGCUUCAACAGCUGCUGCUGCAAACACUCAGCGACAUACAAUCAGCACAACGACACCAUCCAUCAGAAGGUCCUUUGUGCCUCCAGUUCGUGACGAAGAAAGUGAAACCCAAAGGAAAGCCCAUGCCAAACGAGUCCGAGAAACCAGGAGGUCGACCCAAGGUGUCACUCUCGAUGAAAUCAAAUCAGCCGAGCAGCUGGUCAAGCAGAAGAACCACAAUAACAAUAGCAUCGGGAACCAUGCUGAGGACUCCACGACAUUAACAAAGCCUCAAGAGCCCUCUCAACCCAUAGACACCGAGGCGACCCACGCCAACGCCCUGCCCGGCAGCAACCACAACCACCAGUCACCAGCUUCGCCUACAACCAACAGCAUCACAGUCAGUUUCACAACCAGGAUGCCAAAUUCAUCAGCGACAACGAACGUCGAACCAGCCAACGGUUCCGAUCUGAAACACCAGGAGAACAACGGAAUCGUUAACAACGGCGGUCUGACAUCCAGGAAUAACGGCAACGGCAGUACAACGGCUGCCAGUGCCACUAUUACACCAGCCGGUGUCGGUUCUAGAGGGAGCGAGUCACCUGUGGGGCAUCAUAAUCAUGAACGCAGGCCCAGUUGGAGGCUGAAGGUGGAUAACGGAAGCAAGUUUAAGCUGGAAGAUGCCACGAAGUCGAGUAGUGAUACCCAGCCCACAAGACGUCCCACCAGUGUUCCGGCUGUUAACAAUUCAACAAGCUCUCUGUCAAGGGACUCUGCGGGUAACAAUAGGAGUAGUGUGGCAGAUCCCACGAGAAUGACGAAUGAUGCCACUGUCACCGGUACUGGUACUGGUACUGGUACUGAUAACACGACUGUAACUCUGCAACUGAGACGACCCACCAGGAGCACACAAGAGGAUAAAGAGCAAGAUAAAGAAAAUGAUGUUAGAAAUGCACAGGCGACACAGGCCGUCAUUCAGAGACGACGGAGGCCCAAGAGAAGGUCGACCGGUGUCGUUAAUUUGGACAUGGACGACUUGGAUCCGGACAAGCAAGAUGGUGACAACGGAGCUGGUGGUGACAAUAAUACCAAUGAGAGUGGUUCAGAAAGAUCGAGCCGUUCGAGAUUGGGUUCGUCUACGUCACUGGUGGACGACAAUGACGUCACCGAAAAUGGAAGUGACGUCAUUGAUUACAAAGCCCUGUGGGAGAGCGCAAAAGCUGACAAUGAGAGGCUACAAGAGCAACUGAAGAAACGCAACGAAGAACUGAAAGAUGCCAAAGCUACCAUCGAUCGAGUCACCAAUGUAACAAACAAAGGCGCCUUAUCGGAAUUAGAAAAACGUGAAAAGCGCGCGAUGGAGAGAAAGUUGUCAGAAAUGGAAGAGGAACUUAAACACUUGGAACUGCUGAAAACUGAAAACCAGAGACUCAAAGACGAGAACGGCGCCCUCAUUAGGGUCAUUAGUAAACUAUCGAAAUAAUAACUAAUUAAUUAACUAAAAUUAAUUAAUUUAGUAAUUGAACUAUUAUUUUAUAUUAUCGACUACUACUACUCUUACUACUAUAUUAUU